UCUUGAUGGCUGCUUGCAAGUGGCGCUUUGCACCCUUGCCUGCCUUUCCGGAUCGCCUUCCUAGCCCCCACCCCACCCCGGCAGCCCGUCGCCCUUUUGCAAAUUGACUCGCCUCUCUUUGGACUACUGCAGGAGUCGCCCUGAGCAGUUGCUCGCGAUCCGGACCGUCUGUGUCUCCCUCUGGAAUCAAAAGGUCUUGGGAGCAAGAAGGAAGGAAGAGUCGCCUGCACUGGACGUCCAAACCCUCCGGAAGCCGGUUAGGAUAGAGAAUACAUUAAUGGAAGUCUCAACAAUGCAUCUUUCAUCUGAGAAUGUAAAGUGAAAAUACUGUUGAAAAGAUACUGUUGAAACCGCCUCGUCACCAUGCUGGACUUCCUAGCUGAAAAUAAUCACUGUGGGCAAGCGAUCCUUAGGAUUGUCUCAUGUGGAAAUGCAAUCAUCGCUGAACUUCUGCGACUCUCGGAGUUCAUUCCUGGUGUAUUCCGACUCAAAGACAAGGCCGAUCAACAGAAAUAUGGUGAUAUCAUAUUUGACUUCAGCUAUUUCAAGGGGCCUGAGGCAUGUGAAAGAAGGUUGGAAAUCAAACCUGACCUCCUGGAUUUAGAUGAUGAAUUUCGUGAAAACAACAUAGAAAUCUUGACGAGGUUUUAUCUGGCUUUCCAAAGUGUUCAUAAAUAUAUAGUUGACUUAAACAGAUACCUGGAUGAUCUCAACGAAGGGAUUUAUAUCCAACACACCUUAGAAACGGUGCUUCUGAAUGAGGAUGGGAAGCAACUGUUGUGUGAAGCCCUAUAUUUGUAUGGUGUCAUGUUGCUGGUCAUCGAUCAGAAAAUUGAAGGGGAGGUUCGGGAAAGAAUGCUCGUUUCCUACUACAGAUACAGUGCAGCUCGCUCUGCUGAUUCCAACAUGGAUGAUAUAUGUAAGCUGCUUCGGAGCACCGGCUAUUCGAGCCAGCCUGGAGCAAAGAGGCCUCCAAACUACCCUGAGAGUUACUUCAGCAGGGUACCUAUAAACGAUACCUUCAUCAGCAUGGUUAUUGGCCGCUUGAGGUCAGAUGAUAUAUAUAACCAGGUUUCCGCAUAUCCGUUACCAGAGCACCGCAGCACUGCUCUCGCUACCCAGGCGGCCAUGUUGUACGUGAUACUUUAUUUCGAUGCCUCCAUUCUUCACACGCAGCAAGCGAAAAUGAGAGAGAUUGUGGAUAAGUAUUUUCCAGACAACUGGGUCAUUAGCAUCUAUAUGGGGAUCGCUGUGAAUCUGGCUGAAGCCUGGGAACCCUACAAAGCUGCAAAAACCGCUCUGAACAACACUUUGGACCUUUCCAAUGUCAAGGAGCAGGCCAGCAGAUCUGCCGCCGUCACGGAGCGCGUUCACGCCCAGGUGCAGCAGUUUCUUAAGGAAGGCUGCUUGAGAGAGGAGCUGGUGCUAGACAACAUUCCCAAACUGCUGAACUGCUUAAGAGACUGCAACGUGGCAAUCCGGUGGCUGAUGCUUCAUACAGCCGACACAGCUUGUGAUCCAAACAAUAAGCGCCUCCGGCAAAUAAAGGACCAGGUUCUCACAGAUUCCAAGUACAAACCCAAGAUCCUUUUCCAGCUUCUCCUGGAUACAGCCCAGUUCGAAUUCAUAUUGAAAGAGAUGUUCAAGCAGAUGCUUUCAGAAAAGCAAGUAAAAUGGGAAAGCUACAAAAAGGAAGGUUCGGAGAGGAUGGCCGAGCUGGCGGAUGUCUUUUCGGGGGUUAAGCCUCUAACGAGAGUGGAGAAAAACGAAAACCUGCAAGCCUGGUUCAGGGAAAUCUCCAAGCAAAUAUUGUCUCUGAACUAUGACGACUCCACGGCAGCUGGCAGGAAAACUGUACAAUUAAUACAAGCUUUGGAAGAGGUCCAAGAAUUUCACCAACUGGAAUCCAACCUGCAAGUUUGUCAGUUUCUUGCCGAUUCUCGCAAAUUUCUCCAUCAGAUGAUCCGCACCAUCAACAUUAAGGAAGAGGUUUUGAUCACCAUGCAGAUAGUUGGUGAUCUUUCAUAUGCCUGGCAACUAAUCGACAGUUUCACAUCUAUCAUGCAGGAAAGUAUACGGGCCAGCCCAUCUAUGGUAACCAAACUGAGAGCCACAUUUUUAAAGUUGGCUUCAGCUCUUGAUAUGCCGCUGCUUCGGAUCAAUCAAGCCAACAGCCCCGACCUUCUCAGCGUAUCUCAGUAUUAUUCUGGAGAGCUGGUGUCCUAUGUAAGAAAGGUUUUGCAGAUUAUUCCAGAAAGCAUGUUUACGUCCCUCCUGAAGAUUAUCAAGCUGCAGACUCACAAUAUCAUCGAAGUGCCCACCCGCCUGGACAAAGACAAACUGCGGGAUUACGCCCAGCUUGUGCCACGAUACGAGGUUGCUAAGCUUACGCACGCCAUCUCGAUUUUCACAGAAGGCAUCCUAAUGAUGAAAACGACCUUGGUUGGGAUCAUCAAGGUGGAUCCAAAGCAGCUGCUAGAAGAUGGAAUUAGGAAAGAGCUGGUAAAACGGGUGGCCCUAGCUCUACACAGAGGACUCACCUUCAACCCCAGAACCAAGUCCAGUGAACUCAUGCCCAGGCUGAAAGACAUGGCAGCCACCAUGGAUGGGUUCCACCGUUCCUUUGAGUACAUCCAGGAUUAUGUCAACAUUUAUGGACUGAAGAUCUGGCAGGAAGAGGUGUCACGCAUUAUCAACUACAAUGUAGAACAGGAGUGCAAUAACUUCUUAAGGACAAAGAUCCAAGACUGGCAAAGCAUAUACCAGUCCACCCAUAUCCCAAUACCCAAAUUUGCACCAGUGGACGAAUCAGUUACGUUUAUUGGUCGACUGUGCCGAGAGAUUCUGAGGAUCACAGACCCAAAAGUUGCAUGUUACAUUGACCAACUGAACACAUGGUAUGACAUGCGAACACGUCAGGAAGUGUCCAACAGUCGCCUGUUCUCCGAGAUCCAGGACACUCUGGGCACCUUUGGCCUGAAUGGUUUGGACCGACUUCUCUGCUUCAUGAUCGUGAAGGAACUGCAGAAUUUCCUCAGCAUGUUUCUGAAAACCGUGCUGCGCGACAAAGGAGUGCAUGAGGCGUUGAAAUCUCUCAUGAAGACAGUCUGCCCUCUGAAAGGAAUUGUGGCCAAUUGUGGCAAGGUAUAUUCUACAGCAGUUGCCAAAACCCAGAAGAUAUGGGCUGCUUACCUUGAUGCGAUUAUGAAGGUUGGCCAGAUGCAGAUUUUAAGGCGCCAAAUAGCCAAUGAGCUUAAUUAUUCCUGCAGAUUUGACUCCAAGCAUUUAGCAGCUGCUUUGGAGAACCUUAAUAAAGCAAUCCUUGCUGAUAUAGAGGCCCAUUAUCAAGACCCAUCCUUGCCUUGUCCUAAAGAAGAUAACACCCUUUUGUAUGAGAUCACAGCCUACCUGGAGGCAGCUGGCAUUCACAAUCCAUUAAAUAAGAUCUAUAUAACUACGAAACGAUUGCCGUAUUUCCCCAUUGUGAAUUUUCUGUUUCUGAUUUCCCAACUGCCGAAACUUCAAUACAGUAAAAACCUAGGGAUGGUGUGCAGAAAGCCGGCCGAUCCCAUUGAUUGGCCCCCUCUGGUGCUCGGGCUGCUUACUCUACUGAAGCAGUUUCAUUCUCGAUACACCGAGCAGUUCCUGGCUCUCAUUGGCCAGUUUGUUCGGUCUACGAUGGAGCAGUGCACAAGCCAGAAGGUCCCAGAAAUGCCAGCUGAUGUUGUGGGUGCCCUGCUUUUCUUAGAAGAUUAUGUACGCUAUACCAAGCUUCCGCGAAGGGUGGUUGAUGCACACGUACCUAAUUUCAUUUUUGAUGAGUUUCGGACAGUACUGUGAACUCCAGAGCAAACAGUAGCCCUGGCUGGAAAUAUUAAAUGAGGACUUGGGAGAAGAUAAGGAUCAAGAAGGAAAAUAGCACUUCAAAGCUGGCUUUUAUUUUUGACUUGCAGAAAAUAGCUAUCGGUGCAUGAACUUAACAUACGCAUUGAGACUAACCCUAUAACUAAGAUGUUUCAACAUCCUCAGUUGAUUACUUCAUACAAGCAAUCUGUAUUUUGAACUUAAUCUGUCAUGUUGUACACAGUACCUUCUGUACAAAAAUAAUUCAGUUUAUGUUCUUAGCACUUUGUGGGCAUAAAAUGACUUUUUGAAUAGCAAUUAAAAUCAUAUUGAAAUGAAAACCUUUAGAA